AUGCGAGCAAACACGACCCAGAAAGCCUACGAUGAGGCUUUCCUAGCCUGCUCCACUGCCGUGUACUUUGAAGGACAGCACAACGAGAAGGAAGCGCUGCGAUCGUGGAAGACGGCCCUCGACCACAUCUACUACCACAAUGCCCGACGCAACCCAACCUCGUACCGGCCCACAUCGUCGACGGAGAAGGCUCUCUUUGAGUCGCUGAGGCAGCUCGAAUUACAGUGCAAGGAGCGUGUGGACUUGUUGGAAGCACUGGAAAAGAGUCGGAAAGACUCCAAGGAGAGCCUCGUCUCGCCAUCGCCUACACCCGACGCCAACGCUCCAACCCCGCCUCCGCAUGGCUACCCACUUGAUUCGAGCAGUUCAGAUGCGCCCUCCGGCUGGCUUGGAGGAGCCUCUAUACCUCCCAUGGAUUACAGUGACCUUGGGAGGCCGCCGCCUCUUCCUCUACGACCAGCCAUGGCUCCGCGCAAAAGCUCCGGUACCGGCUCGAUACGUGACAAUGAACUGACCAAGUCCGCGAGCGCAUCUACAAUUACGGCCGGAAUUGCUGGCGAGAAGAAGUCGCGUACCCCGUCACCAGAGAAGAAGGGUAGAAUGCUACGGACAUUGAGACCUGGAAGGGAGGGCAAGUCAGCUUCGAAGAUGCCCAGUUCACUGCGGUCGCGACCUGAGGCUUCAAAGGCGGCUACCCAGGCGUGGGGAUUUGGAUCAGCAUCAUCAUCAAGCAGGCCAGGCUUGGGUCUUCCUACCCCUUCUACAAGCUCAAUCAAUACGUCAACACCACACAGACCAAGUCUAGGCCUGCCAACCCCUUCUGCAGCGUCACUCAGUGCCGCAUCAGCGCGCUCUUCGAUGGAAAAGGCAGAUAAGCCAAGUGCGCAGUCGUCAUAUGCAGAGUCGCCACAGCCGCAGCAAUCGCAAGCACCGUUCUACUUCAAAGCCGGCGAGGGCUCAAACGCCACUGCAUACGCUGUCCCGCCACUCAGCCAUGGAAGUAAUUCGGAGCCUGGCAGCGUACCUACUCUCCAACGAAAGGCGCCCCCGAUUCCGCGGAAGUCAGUGGAGCUUGGCCGGGCAUCAGGCAACCAGAACAAUCCUGCGCCAUUGCCUCCCAUAUCGAUGCCAUCUUACCGCAAGGAAUACACGACCCCUAUGAAUAAGGUAGAUGCACGCGUUGUGGCAAAGACUGCUGCAGCAAGAUCGCGCAUUGAGAUGGACAAUGAGAGAUUCGCACCUGCACAGAGUUUGGCGCCAACACGCCGCGCGGUAGCACAGCCGAUUAAUAACACAAGAUCACGCAACACUCGUGGUCGGGAUAAUCCUGAGCCUGUAGCACUGGAAGAUGGGUCAGAGGAAGAGCAAAGGUCGCGUAUGCCUCCACCGCGCAAGGGAAGAGCUAGGGGCGACUCGAUACGUGCAGAUUUACCUCCGAAGCCGUCCUCAGAGACCACCGACUCGGACAAAGAAGAAGGAGAGGAGGAGUCAGAUGAAUGGAAGAGGCGGACAGAUGAGAUUAUGAGAAACCUUCCGCGAGGCGUCGACAAGCAAGCAGCCCAGCAAAUCCUUAAUGAGAUAGUAAUUCAAGGAGACGAGGUGCACUGGGACGACGUGGCUGGUCUGGAGAUUGCAAAGUCGGCGUUGAAAGAGACGGUCGUAUACCCGUUCCUGAGGCCGGACCUGUUCAUGGGGCUGCGCGAGCCGGCACGCGGUAUGCUGUUGUUUGGACCUCCGGGUACCGGAAAGACGAUGCUGGCGAGGGCUGUGGCAACUGAGUCGAAGUCGACUUUCUUCGCAAUAUCGGCGAGCAGUCUUACGUCGAAGUUUCUUGGCGAGUCAGAGAAGCUUGUUCGUGCACUGUUCCAGCUUGCAAAGAUGUUGGCUCCCUCGAUCAUUUUCGUCGAUGAGAUCGAUUCGCUGUUAUCGUCGCGCUCUGGGUCUGGCGAACAUGAAGCGACGCGCCGCAUCAAGACCGAAUUUCUCAUACAGUGGUCGGAUCUGCAGAAAGCGGCUGCGGGGAGGGACAUGAGUGAUAAGGAGAAGGAAAAGGGCGAUGCGACCAGAGUGCUCGUGCUCGCAGCCACGAAUCUUCCCUGGGCCAUCGACGAGGCGGCAAGGCGAAGAUUCGUCCGAAGACAAUACAUUCCGCUGCCUGAAGACUGGGUGCGGAAGAAGCAGCUUCAGACUUUGUUAAGCCACCAGAAGCAUGAGUUGGGCGAGAGGGAUAUGGAUCGCCUAGUGAGGCUUACUGAGAACUUCUCCGGCUCUGAUAUCACCGCACUUGCCAAGGACGCUGCAAUGGGACCCUUGCGCUCACUGGGUGAGAAGCUGCUAUCCAUGACGAUGGACCAAAUACGACCCAUACAGUUCAAAGACUUCCAGGCUAGCUUGCAGACAAUCAGACCAUCCGUGAGCAAAGAAGGUCUAAAGCAGUUUGAGGACUGGUCGCGUGAAUUUGGUGAGCGUGGAGGAUAA